AUGCCGGGCGGAGAUGUCGCGCCGGGCGGAGAUGUCGUGCCGGGCGGGGAUGUCGCGCCGGGCGGGGAUGUCGCGCCGGGCGGGGAUGUCGCGCCGGGCGGGGUGAACGACAACGAUUAUAUGUGGCGCCGUCGACGUGGCCCGUGCGUCGAGCGGGGGUGGUUGGUGCGCGGUACGACAUUGACAUUCCAUAAAACACCUGUUAAACAGAAGGGGAUGAUGUUUUUCGAAACGUUUUACGGUUCGAAAUUCUCCGGUACUAUUUCGCCUCAACAAUCGUCGAAUAUCACACCCAUACGCAGCGUCAUAUGUUAUAUAACCCUCAAAUGA